CCGUCUUUCCGCCUCGCUCGCUCGCUCAGUUAUCUUCUCUCCCUCCGCCUUCCCCGUCAAAGACCAGCCGCUCCUCACGCCCCGCCUCACAUGAUUGCCGCCACGUGACAGGCGCGGGGUGGGUCACAUGAGUCGCACUGGCGUGGUGAGGCGAGAGUCACAUGACCCACUUGCUAGUUCUCUCCUCUGCUCAAUCAUGUCAGGGGAGUAGCCUCAGCGUCGGUCGCUCUGAGACGUCCUCGCCCUAUCAUGAGACGCGAUGCCUUCGCCCCGAUUUGGGGGGCUCCCCCACUCCGGCUUCUUCCCCCCGGGGCUGUUUUCCGGCUUCCUCUGCUCCUUGUCCUUUUCAUCCCGUUCCCGUGUCUGCAGGGGGGUAGCGCCGUAGCGGCCCAAGGCAGCUUCAAUUACCAGCAACUGUGCAGUUACACAUGGGAAGCUGUUGAUCCUGGUAAAGUACACUAUAAAAUAAACCUCUGUGGUAAUGCUACAGGCUGUGGAGGAUCUACUGCUGUUUGUGCAUAUGACAUAAAAAGCAAAGCCCAUUUCUCAGUAGGGGACUCCUCGCUGAUGAGAAGCUCUAAACUGUUCUUGGAGUUCAACACUACGCAGUCUUGUUCACAAGGCACUGAGCACAGAUCACAAAGCAACAUCAAUUUCUAUUGUGGGAAGACUCUGGGUUCCCCAGAAUUUGUGACUUCAACUGACUGUGUGCACUACUUUGAGUGGAAGACAUUUGUUGCAUGCAAGAAGGACUUGUUCAAACCAACAAAAGAGGUGCCCUGCUAUAUAUUUGAUGAAGACUUGAAGAAACGUGACUUGAACCCACUGAUUAAGGCUUCUGGAGGAUACUUGGUAGAGGACUCUGAUGAUGAUGAUGAACUGUACAUCAACAUCUGUAGAGAUAUUGGAAAGUCCUCUACUCAAGUCACGAAUUGUCCAGAGGGCAGUGCAGCGUGCCUGUUGAAGAAUGGUCAUGCAUUUGACCUAGGGGAUCCUAAAGAACAACUCAAACAGCUUGAUAAAAACAGGCUUUCAGUGAGAUAUGAAAGAAAAUUUAGCAAUGAAAAAGAGAGGCCUGAUUUCUGUGGGGGCCAUGAUCCAGCGGUGACUAUUACUUUUGUGUGUCCCGAGGGAAGGAGAAGAGAGGACACAAGCCCCAAACUCACUGCUCAAAGCAACUGCCGGUAUGAGAUUGAAUGGGUUACAGAGUCUGCUUGUCACAGAGACUACUUGGAGAGUGAUAACUGUGUUCUGACCAGUGAGCAGCAUGGUAUCUAUGUGAAUUUGACAUCCCUGACACAAAUUUCAGGGAAUGCCAUACCUUACAGUGCUAAAGAUGGCACACAAUAUUUAUAUUAUCUGAACGUAUGUGGGAAAACAGUCGGAGGUAACUGCAAUGAUACAUAUGCUUCCUCGUGCCAAGUCAAACCUGCACUUUUUCAGUAUAAAGUGGCAGGAAGGUUCGCCAAUCAAACCCUCAGGUAUGCUGAUGGGGAUCUCAUUCUAACAUACCCAGGGGGAGAUACUUGCAGCUCUGGUUUCCAGCGAAUGACUAUCAUAAACUUUGAAUGCAAUCAAACAGCAGACAAUGAUGGCAAAGGAAACCCGGUGUUUACAGCAGAAACAGACUGUUCAUACUUCUUCACCUGGGAGACCAAGUUUGCAUGUGUUGGAGAAGAGGAAGAUCUCCCUUGCAUGGUCGCAGAUAAAAAGAAACGCUAUGACUUGGCACGACUGAUUCGUCAUUCUGAAUCAGAGCAGAAUUGGGAGGCUGUAGAUGAUAACCCUAUAGAAGGAAAAAAAUAUUUUUUCAUAAACGUCUGUCACAGAGUACUUCAGACAGGAAGUGCAAUAAACUGUGCAAAAGAGGCAUCUGUUUGUGCCAUAGGUGAAAGCAAUAGCACAAAAAAUCUAGGGACAUUUAUGUCUCCUCCCACAAAAGUUGGAGAGAAUAUUCAGCUUUUCUAUUCAAAUGGUGAUGCAUGUCGACCAAACAAGAAAAUUGCAACAAAGAUAAUCCUAGUAUGCAAGCCAGGUGACCUGGAAAGUGCUCCUGUUUUGAUUAAUUCUGGGUACGAUGAGUGCCUGUAUGAGUUUGAAUGGUAUACUGCUGCUGCCUGUGUCCUGUCUGAAACAAAAGGAGACAACUGCAGCGUUUCUGACUCUCAAGCAGGAUUUUCUUUUGACUUAUCACCACUGAUGCAUGAGACUUACUCAGUAAAAACACCCGACUAUACUUUCUACAUCAGUAUUUGUGGCAACGUGUCAAACAAAUUGUGUGGGUUGCAGUCUGCAGCAUGUCAAGUGAAAAAAAAUGGCAGCAACGUCUGGAAUCUGGGGAUGCCCAGUUCUGAGCUCUCCUAUUAUGAUGGAAUGAUUCAGUUGAACUACCAAAAUGGGACACCAUACAACAAUGAGAAACAUACACAACGGUCUACCCACAUCACCUUCCUAUGUGAUCGUGGUGCAGGUGCAGGUCUACCUGAAUAUCAGGCAGAAGACAGCUUCACGUACAACUUCAAAUGGUACACCCAAUAUGCCUGCCCAGAGAUUCCCACAGAAUGUGUUGUCACAGAUCCUCGAACCAUGGAACAGUACGAUCUUUCACGUUUAUCAUUAUCUGGAGACAGAAGGGAAAAUUGGUAUGCAGUGGACAACCCUGAACACGGGACACGUAAAAAAUACUACAUAAAUGUCUGCCGACCUUUGAAGCCCAUCCGAGGCUGUGACAGGCGGGCAUCAGUCUGUGAAAUGACAUACAAGAGUAGUGGCUUUCUUGAGGUUUCCAUCAGCAAUCUGGGGAUUGCCAACCAAGGCCCUGUCGUUGAAGGACCUGGCAGAAUCCUCCUAAAUUAUACCGAUGGCUCUCUGUGCCUCAUGGCAGAUGGUAAGAGUGAGCCUUUCACAAGCCUCAUCCAUCUCAGCUGCUCCAAGGGUACUCUGAAUAGCAGCCCGAGAUUCAUUGCCAUGAAAGAAUGUGUUGCGACUUUUCUGUGGGAAACUGAAGCUGCUUGUCCAGUUGCAACAACAGAAGGUGACUCUCAGAGCUGCUCUGUAGAGAAUCCCAACACUCACUUUGUGUUUAACCUGGAACCGUUGGCUUCAGAAAAAUCAUACUUCGUCAUGCGAAUUGGGAAGUCCUACAUGCUAAAUAUUUGCGGACCAGCUAAAGAAUGUACAGAUAUACCAGCUGAUGACUCAGUUGGUGGAUGUGAAACAGAAGAUCUAAAACACAUUCGUUUGGUGAAAUUGAACAAAACUCUUCAGUUGUCUGCUGCAGGCUCUCUAUCUCUUAAAUAUACAGGAGCCAAUGAUACUUUUACCAUUACCUUUAUCUGCAAUGAAUCCUACCCUGGAGAACUCACAUUUUCCCAUGAAGAGAUGAAUUCUGCACGUAACAUUCGUGAUACUUUCUUUCAUUUUUACACGGCCUUAGCCUGCCCACCUGCUCCAGUUGACUGCCAUGCUACUGAUUCUGCUGGGAAUGAGUAUGACUUGAGUGACUUGAGCAGAGAGAGAGAACCUUGGAUUGCUCUGGAUACAUCAAAAGAUGCAAAAAGAAGAACUUUCUUCCUGAAUGUUUGCAAAUCUCUCCAGGAUGUACCAGGGUGCCCUGGUGGUGUAAUAGGAUCUUGUGUGAAAUACGCAAACAAAAGUCAGAACCUUGGUAUGAUUCACAUAAGUCCUCAAGCUGCCACUGAUGGAUCCCUUAGCAUUGUGUACUCGAGUGGGGAUACAUGCAAAGGUAACAGGCGAUACUCAACACGGAUCAUCUUCCAUUGCGAUCAAAGAAUGGGAUCACCAGUGUUUCAACAUGAAGAAGAUUGUGAGUUUGUGUUUCUUUGGAGAACAGUAGCAGCUUGUCCUGUUCGCAGAGCAGAAGGUGAGAACUGUCAAGUAAAAGAUCCGCGGUAUGGUCAUGUGUAUGAUCUGACAUCACUUCGUGGGAAGGAUGUGAAAGUGAGCACUGAUGAAUAUGACUACUACUUCCAAGUCUGUGAUGGAUUGACAGAAAAGUGCAAACAGCCGAGCAAACCUACAGAUGUUGUGUCGUCAUGUCAAAUUAAGAAACAAGACAAUAAUUUUAAAAAAAUAGCAGGUUUGCGGACUACAAAGCUGACAUAUGAAAAUGGAUUAAUCAAAAUUAACUACACCAGCGGGGAAACAUGCCACAAAAUAUAUCAGCGGUCAACAGCCAUAUUCUUCUAUUGUGAUCCUAAAAACAGUUUGGAGCCAGUGUUUCUAAAGGAAACGGAGGACUGCACCUAUAUGUUUGAAUGGCACACUCCUCUUGCCUGCCCACCAUUCAAAUCUAUUGAAUGCUCCUAUAAAGACAGUACUGGCAACUCAUAUGAUCUCUCUUCUCUGACACGACAUAAGGAAAACUGGGAAGCAAUUUCAAUGACUAGUUCUACCCAAAAAUACUACAUUAAUGUCUGUAAAUCUUUAGUGCCGCAUCAAGGAGUGGAUUUCUGUCCACCGGAUGCUGCAGCCUGCAUGAUGGAUGGGUCCAAAUAUGUAAGCUUAGGUGAAGUGUCUGAGGGACUCCAAUGGGAAAAUGGCAUUUUUGUUCUUAAAUACAUCAAUGGGGAGAAAUGUCCAGACCAGAUCAGGAAGAAGUCUACAAUAAUCCGCUUCAAGUGUGAUGAAAAUAUUGACUCCAAGCCAGAACUAAUAACUGCCUUUGAGGAUUGUGAAUACACUUUUGUGUGGUUCACUGCUGCUGCAUGUCCUCUGAAAAGCAAUGUGCACAAUAAUUGCACAGUUUCCAGCCCUCUUACAGGCCAUCUCUUUGACCUUAAUCCUCUAAAGAGGCAAGAUGGUUACACUGUCUCUGACAUAUGGAACUACAGAAAACUUUGGCUGAGUGUGUGUGAUGAAGCUAGAGGUCUAUGUGGCAGUGGAGUUGGUGUCUGUGUCACUGAUAGCCACAAGCCAUCCAUCAAUGCUGGAAGACUGAACAAAGCAUUAAUUUAUGAAGAUAACGUUUUGAAACUUAUCUACAGAGGAGGAGAGUCCUGCCCUGCAGAUCCUAACUUGAAGUAUACAAGCUAUUUCAGCUUUGUGUGCAGGCCUGAUGCUGGGCCGGGUAGCCAGCCUGUUCUUGUCUCUUUUGAUGAGACAGUGUGUGCUUAUUACUUCUCUUGGCACACUGCUUUAGCCUGUGAAGAAGAGAGUGUGGUGGAAUGCUCUGUUACAAAUGGCAGCACAGUAAUUGACCUCUCGCCUUUGAUCCACCGAACGGGCUCCUAUAAGGCCUUUGAUGAGACAUUUGAUGAUUCCUCUUACCUCACUCCAGAUUUCUAUAUAAAUAUUUGCCAGCCUCUAAAUUCCAUCAAAGAUGUCAACUGUCCACCUGGAGUAGCUGUCUGCAUGGUUCCAGUUACUGGUCUUCCUGUAGAUAUUGGUCGCAUCACUGCACCUCCCAAGGUCGACACUGCAACAAAUGAAGUUUACAUUGUUUUCAACAGUAGUACUCCUUGUCCAGAAGAUGAAACACUCAACUAUUCCUCUCUCAUUGUGUUCCAUUGCAGCAGAGGAACAAAUCUGGGAAAGCCAAAACUGAUAUGGCAGUCCUCCUGCGAAUACAUAUUUGAAUGGAGCACUCCAGUUGUAUGUCCUGAUAAAGUGGAUAUCUCGGGCUGCUCAGUGACAGAUGAGCAAUUGCACUACUCCUUCAACCUGUCCAGACUUUCUGGAAAGCCUUACAAGGUCUCUGCUGGGCCUAGAAAUUAUCAUCUAGGGGUGUGUUCUGGUGCCGCAGAUGUGCCCCGAGGAAAAUGCAAAGAUGCAGCAGUUUGCCUGGUCGCUGGCAACAGCGCUGCUUCAUUUGGCGGCAGAAAUGAAAUGAAAAUGGACUACCGGCAUCAAGAUGAAGCUGUCAUUUUGCAGUAUAAGGCUGGUGAUGAGUGCCCUCCAGCAACUGAAAUGGGUGAGCUUUGUGUCUUCCCUUUCCAGUACAAUGGUAGAAGUUAUGACAAAUGUAUCCAGGAGGGACAAAAGCAGCUGUGGUGUGCCACUACAGAUAAUUUUGAAAGAGACAAAAAAUGGGGAUUCUGUGUAAAUGAUAAUGGCCACCGGGAAUCUACUAUUAUUUUCAAGUGCGAUGAUAAUGCUGAUGAUGGGAGCCCUCAACUCGUGAGUGAGAGACUUGGCUGUGCUGUGAUAUUUGAAUGGAAAACGCAGGUUGUGUGUCCACCCAGGAAAAUGGAGUGCAAGUUUAUUCAGAAGCACAAAACCUAUGAUUUGAGAGUGCUUUCUUCCCUCACUGGAUCUUGGAUCUUUGCCGACAAGGACAGCUUUUACUACAUGAAUCUCUGUCAAAGAGUCCAUGAAGGACCCACAGGAUGCCCCGAACGGGCAAGUGUUUGCCGGAAAAGUCGGAACGGGGCUGUACAGGCUCUGGGAUUAGUACAUACACAAAAACUAAACGUAACAGGUGAUAAAAUACUUGUCAGUUACUCCAAUGGUCAUGAAUGUCCACAGAGGAACAAAAAAGCAACAACUGUGAUAGAACUGAAGUGUGGAAAAACCGUUGGCAUGCCAAGAUUCAAUAGGAUUGAUGAAGAAAAUUGUGUCUAUUAUAUCACAUGGGAAACUCGAGCUGCUUGUGCUGUAAAACCCCAAGAGGUAAACAUGAAGAAUGGCACAAUUACAAAUCCAGCAACAGGGAAGAAUUUCAGUUUGGGUGAUAUAUAUUACAAAUUAUACAAUGCCUCCGGUGAUAUCAGAGCAAAUGGUGACACCUACAUUUAUGAAAUUCAGCUUUCUGCCAUCACUGAUUCAAAGCACCAUGAAUGCUCUGGAGCCAACAUAUGCCAGGUUAAAACAUCAGAUACCCGUUUUAGGAGAAUUGGAUCAUCUGACAAGGCCAAAUAUCAUAUUCAAGAUGGUGAUUUAGAUGUUGUGUUCUCGUCUGACUCCAGUUGUGGCAGAGACAAAGCAAAGUUUGUGUCCUCAACUAUUUUCUUCCACUGCAGCCAGCAGGCCAAGGAAGGCAUCCCUGAAUUCCUUCAUGAGUCAUCAGACUGCCAAUACCUGUUUACCUGGUACACCUCGGCAGUCUGCCCACUGGUAAACUCUGAGCCAACAACCAACCAAACAUAUGCGGAAGAUCCAUUUUAUAAAGGCCUCUCAGGACGAAGCCAAGCUGUUGGGGCAAUAUUGAGCUUGCUCCUUGUGAUUCUUACAGCAUGCCUAGUGAUCCUAUUACUUCAUAAAAAGGAAAGAAGAGAGACUGUGAAGCAAAAAAUAGCAAACUGCUGUCGAAGAACAUCAAAUGUUUCCUAUAAAUAUACAAAGAUAAACACUGAAGAAGUGAAUGACAAUGAGAUGGAAUGGCUCAUGGAAGAAAUAGCUGCGCCGAAUCAGAAGUCAGGAAAUGAAAGACAAGAAAACGGCCACAUCACCAGUAAAGUUGUUAAAUCAGAUGCCCUUACGUCCCUCCAGGUGGAUGAUAUGGACAGCGAGGAUGAAGUCUUAACAAUACCAGAGGUGGCGAUUCAUUCAGCAAGGGACGUCCAGCCUAGAGUUCCAGACCCAAGUAGGCCUCAGCAUAACAAGGCUCUUCACCUUCCCAGCAGUGAUAAGGCUGGCCUGCUUAAUGGCAACAAGAGUAGCAAAGGCAACACCGCUUUUGGCCAACGGAAACUACAGAACUCAGUGAAGACAGCAUCAUUUCAUGAUGAUAGCGAUGAGGACUUAUUGAACGUUUAACCUUCAUUGUGCCUAAUCGAAAUUCCAUGUGUAUAUAUUAAGGUGGGACAACACAACACUUCCAACCAAAUACAAAGACUUCAUUCAGAAGCCUUUUGAAAGGGAACCGGGGGGGGGAGAAAGAUGGGUCAAUCCUAGUUGUUUACAAUGAUUUAUUUAGUGAUUACUGGAUUUCUAGUAUCCACUGAAAUGAAUUGUAGCAGUUCUCUCAGCCAGGAUUUGCACCCAUCCCCCUCUGUAGAUUGUAGAGGCUACAUAAUGCUUCCAAAAGGUAGGCUCAGAUCUGAAUGAAGUCCCUUCAACUUCAAGGUGAGAUUUGCAUUUUAACGCUCUCUAUAUUUAUUGUUCUCAGUACUCAGGUGCACAGAAAUAAUAACAUGCAACGUGUUCUUCCUGCAGGCAGGGUAUUGUUUCUACAGAUUCGCCCCAUCACAUGAAGUGGAAAGGAGGGAGGUUCUUUGUAUGUUUACUGGGUUCCUUUGAUGUACAUUUUAGAGCUGAUCUGUUUAAACGUGCCUGUACAUUUGAUUUCCCAUAUCCUAACAGAAAAUGGGUUAUGAUUUGAGAAGUGUUUUUACUGGAAGGUACGAAUCUUUAUAGCUUUAGCCUUGAACAGUAGCUGUUCUUUUGCAUGAUGAGUCUCUUUUUUUGGGGUACCAAUCACAUGAAGUCAUUCAUCAGUAUUUAUAAAACUAUUGGUAAAAUAACCCAGAGCUCUCCUUUAACUUUACUAUCCCUUUUUUUAAGAGCGGUAAGGAAAGCAGAAGUUCACUGUUGUAGCUCCUCCUAUCCAAAUGUUGUGAUGAGAAGAAAACUGUACCUCUUUUGAGAUGCAAUCCUGCUUCAUGGGCCGUAAAGAGGAGGGAAGACCCUAUCCCUUUUAGGAAAUGGCCCUUCUGGAAGAGUCUCCUAACCCUAUUAGAUGGAAUUAAUUUAUUUCAAACUCAAGUUGUAGAAUUUCUAGAACAUCAGCUUUUCUGCCCUGGGAGAUUUAGCCACAGGCUAAUAGAAGCCUUAUUUGCAGAGUCACAUACUCAUCUUUUUGAUUCUAGGAACAUGGACAGUGAGGCAAGAAAAAUCUUUGGGUAAUAUCACUGAACAUUCCAAUCAGUGUUGCAGGCUGGAGCCACAGGAAUUAAACCACCUUGUUGGGUCUCACGGGCAAUGAGCAAGUUUCUAUAGACAAUGCACCAGUACUUGCGCUGGCCAGAAGCUCUUCCUUGUUUAUAGCUUUUCCUAUUCACAUUGGUUUCCUUAAGGUUGGUUUCCACUUAGGAAUCGGAUUUAAUGUAACAAAAUAUUCAAAUGAUUUCAAUAAAAGCUAAAUUAUGUUUCCCUAGGAA